AAUUACAUGCGCCAGUGUACCACGAGAGGUUUAUGAAAACAAACUGCGAAGGGUCAACAUGCUUGUUCCUCAAUGUCAAUUGAUUUUAAUACAGAUCAGUCAACGACAGUUCGGAUUUAAUUUAUUGCUCUCGCUAGCGGUGAAUUGAUAAGAUAUUUACUAUUCCGCCUUCCGAAGACGCUUACUCUUCAUGUUUUGACCACUGGGCAUCACCAUGUCUACUCAGAUUUGCAGAGCAGUGGAACUAUUAAUGAGAUCAGCAUGCUGCCACACCAUCAGAAGUAAAUCUUCUUUGCACGGACAAGUAUUGGGCCAUAUUAGACCUCGUGGUCACAGUGGUCUGGUUCUUACAGCAGUUCACAGACGAGCCUACAGUUUGGACAGACUGUCCUCUCAGUCAACCAAAGGUCAAACCUCACAACAGUCUCGCACUGAGAGGUUGUCUCCAUCCUCAGCACUAACACAAAGAAAUCUGUCUGCAGCAGCUGUACAAUCCCGUCCCUUAUGCCAGUACGACUUCCUAGACAUCGGGGAGAUAGAAGAAAACAUUCGCCGUGCUCGGACAUGCAAAAAAAUGAGACAUUUCAUUGUCAACCCAGAUCUUGCCAAUCUUGUGACGCAACAUCUUGGACCUGACUUAGAAGAUUCUAAAACAGUUUUGUUCGAAUGUAACCCAGGGCCUGGUGUGCUCACAAGAACACUGCUGAAGGCUGGAGCCCAAAGAGUAGUAGCUCUUGAAGGAGACAAGGCUUUUUUAUAUGAUUUACAGGAUUUAGAAGGUCAUCUUGAUGGUCAGCUGGAAGUGGUUUAUUGUGACUAUUUUAAACUUGACCCUCUUGGCACUGGACACCUUAAACCUCCUGUUAUGUUAACUGAGAAACUUUUUGCUGAUCUUGGAAUAUCAGAGGCUAAUUGGACUGAUGAUGUCCCAGUGAAGGUGGUUGGCAUCCUUCCCCAGCGAAAUGAACGUGGUAUGUUGUUGAAGAUGGUUUAUGCGUUGUUUGAACGACUGUCAGUUUACAGAUAUGGAAGAAUUGAACUCAACCUCUUCAUAAGCGAGAAAGAAUAUCAAAAACUGAUUGCAUGCCCAGGUAACAUGAUGAACUAUAGAGCUUUUGGUGUCCUGUGGCAGAUGGCAUGUGAUAUUCAACUACUGCAUAAGGAGCCAUGGGAAUCAUUUGUGGUGUCUUCAAGACAAAGUGCUCCAGUCUCCCGAGGCAAACUUGCUAAUGACCAUCUGUGUCUUGUGCGAUUGCGUCCUCGGGCAGACUUGUUCUCCUCAGGUCUGACUCCCUCUAAUGCUUCCACUCUGCUCAUGAUGGUCAAACAAUGUCUGGCAAAAAGAAAGGUCAAACUUAUCGACAGGCUCAAUCUCUGGUCUCCAGACAGUGGAAGUAAACUCUUAUCAGAGUUGGGUUUGCCUGAGGACAUUCUGACUGGUCAUGUAUAUCCUGAGGAGUAUCUUCGACUGUUUCAAUUAAUGGACAAGAGCCAGGAGUUCACACAGAGUUGGCUCUAUGAAGAAUAUCUGGAGAAUACACAAAGAGAGGGAUGGGGCUGAUAAUAAAUGUACUUUAUAUAUUCUACUAACAUUAUAAUAAUGAGAAUUGACAAAAACAAAGGAGGAAGAGUAAUAUAUCGUCAAAAGAACAGUAGUUUCACCAUUUAAUUGAAUGGAUUGUUACUGUACAUGUAUAAAAUAUUCUCCAGUCUAACAUAAUAAGGUGACACUGUUAAUAAAUAAUAAUGAAUAAAAUUCAGUCAUAACUAUCUUGCAUAAAUGUGUUUCCCAAACAAUAAUUAUUUAUGCAACAUUAUCAUUAAGCGCUCAGUAAUAUCUUAGGCCUUCUGCUUUGUAUUCUUUUUUUAAUAAAACUAUUUUGAAUACUUACAGACUUAUUU